UGUAAUAAUGGCACACCGAAAUUGAAUUUCUUUUGGGGUGCAGAAAUUGAUGGUCAUACUUAUCUCAUUUCUAUUUCUUUUUUGUUUUUGUUUGAGAUGAUAUUUGAUUAUACUUCUAAUCUUAGUAUAAUCAACUAACAAACUAGUAAAAUAUCCCAACAUUUUCUUACAAAUCGAGAAAACAUCUUUUGUAAAACUACCAAAAAGAAUCAAAAAAGAUGGAGAUUUCAUGGCUAUUCUCACUUAUCUUCUUCCUUUUGAUCCCAAUAUUUAUCAUUCUAAGAUCACUAAAACCCAUCAAAAAACAAAACUUACCUCCAGGACCAAGAAAACUACCCAUCAUAGGAAAUCUACACCAACUUGCAUCUAAGAAAACUCCUCCACACCACCUCCUACAGGAACUAUCAGGGAUAUAUGGUCCUAUAAUGCACCUUCGUUUAGGGGAAAUUCCAACAGUAGUAAUCUCAUCACCUGAUUUAGCAAAGCUGGUAAUGCGUGCUCAUGAUGCAAACUUCGCCACUCGGCCUCAGCUUAUGAUGGGGAAGGAACUAUAUUAUGAUUACUCCGACAUGGGACUCGCCCCUUACGGCGAGUAUUGGCGACAGGUACGUAAGAUCGCUACCCUCGAGUUGUUUACAGCUCGGCGAGUGCAGGUGUUUCGAGACAUGAGGGAGGAAGAGGCUACUAACUUUGUUAAGUCUAUUGCAUCUGAGGCUGCUCAAGGGGGGUUGGUUAAUCUUAGUGAGCGAGUUUUUGGGCUUAUCUUCGACCUUACAUCCAGAACUGUAUUCAAUGAGAAGGGGAAAGAUCAAGCAGCAUUUAGAGCAUUAACAACACUAAUGUCAAAGGUGUCAUCUGGUUUUGCAAUUGCUGACCUUUUUCCAUCUAUCAAAUUACUCCAUUCAAUCGAUGGGAUGAAGAAAAAAGUAAAGGAGAUGGUUGAGGAAUCAAAUAGAAUACUUGAUCCCAUAAUUCAACUACACAAGUAUAAAAUGAAAGAAGGCAAAGUACAUCAAGAAGAAGAUUUGGUGGAUGUUCUGUUAAAAUUUCACAAAGAUGAUCCUGAUGAUUCUGAAUUCUCCUUGACCACCAACAACAUCAAAGCAAUAAUCUUGGAAAUUUUUGGUGCUGGCACUGAAACAUCUUCAACAAUAAUAGAAUGGGUGAUGGCAGAGUUGAUAAAGAAUCCAAAUGCAAUGGAAACAGCACAAAAUGAAGUAAGACAAGUAUAUCAAGGAAAAGGAACAAUUGAUGAGACAAACCUAGAUGAACUGAAGUUCUUAAAAGUGGUAAUCAAAGAAACCUUAAGACUACACCCUCCUGUACCUCUUUUGAUCCCAAGGGAGUCCAUUGAGCAAUGUCAAAUACGUAGUUAUGAUAUACCUUCGAAAACUCGAGUCCUAGUGAAUGUACGAGCAAUCGGAAGAGAUCCUGAGUAUUGGUGGGAGCCUAAUACAUUCAAGCCUGAACGAUUUGAGGGGUGUUCAAUAGAUUAUAAGGGUAACGAUUUCGAGUUCAUUCCAUUUGGUGCAGGAAGGAGAAUGUGCCCUGGUAUGGCAUUAGGUGUUGCAAAUAUUCAGCUCCCUCUAGCUAUGUUGCUAUACCAUUUUGAUUGGAAGUUACCUAAUGGAAUUAGGCAUGAAGAUUUAAACAUGGAUGAAUUGUUUGGGAUAACAGUCAGGAGGAAAUGUGAAUUGCAUUUAGUUCCUAUACCUUAUGAGUAUUCAUGAAUGUCUUUGUGAUUGAUAUGUUUUUUUUUGAAUUUACAAGUAUGUUUGGUGAUUGUGUUAAAUAGAUGUUGUGAUAGUGUUUCUGGAAAUGAAAUAAGUUUGAGGAAUACUACUUUAGCUA